AUGGUGCGGUCAUCGUGGUGCCAAGUCUGCUCUGUCGCCACCUUUCUCGGGGACUGUUGGUGCAAGAUGCUGAUGACUCAUUCAGGAAAACAAGGAACGUCGCAUAUCCGAGCGUGUUCCUUGCGCAAACGUGGUCCUGAGCGUCCGGUAAGCUGGCGUCGGGUCGGGACGCCUGAGCCUGGGAAAGGCGCUGGGCCGUCCCCAGGGGGGGCCAGUGACGUCGGUGAGGAGCUGCCGAGCCCGCGGUGGUGCCGCCCGUCCCGGGCCGCGGGGAGCGGGGCGAGCGGGGACGCGCUGCCCGCCCUGCUGCCUGCUAUUCCCUGGGCAACACCACCACCUCCCGGCCGCGCCGGGCGGCUGCCUGCCUGCCCGCCGAGCCCCUGCCGCAUCCCCUCCCGCUUCCCGCUGACGGGAAGCCCCAGCGUUGUUUCUCGCCAGUCAGGGCCGGUGCUCGAUUUCUGGAAGGAAGCGAGUGAAGCUGCUGGUCUUCAGACGGAGGUGUUGCUGGAUGUAAACAGGGCUCUCGGAAAGCCUGUGGUCUCAGUGUUUGAUGCUUUCUUCGCUUCUCUUUUUGCAGGUGCUGAUAUUGUGCAGUGGCUUAUGAAGAACCUCAGCAUUGAGGAUCCAGGGGAAGCAAUACACUUGGGAAGCCUUAUUGCUGCACAGGGUUAUGUCUUUCCUAUCUCAGACCAUGUCCUUACCCUGAAAGAUGAUGGGACGUUCUAUCGUUUUCAGGCACCGUACUUUUGGCCUUCGAACUGCUGGGAACCAGAAAACACAGAUUAUGCCAUCUAUCUUUGCAAACGGACCAUGCAGAACAAAGCCAGGCUGGAGCUGGCGGAUUAUGAAGCCGAAAACUUAGCAAGACUUCAGAGAGCAUUUGCAAGGAAGUGGGAAUUCAUCUUCAUGCAAGCUGAGGCCCAAGUGAAAAUCGACAGGAAAAAGGAUAAAACAGAAAGAAAGAUUUUGGACAGCCAGGAAAGAGCAUUCUGGGAUGUGCACAGGCCUGUGCCGGGCUGCGUGAACACCACAGAAAUGGACAUUAGAAAGUGUCGUCGUAUGAAAAACCCACAGAAAGUGAAAAAGUCAGUAUAUGGGGUUACAGAGGAGUCUCAGCCCCAAAGCCCUGUACACAUGCCCUCCCAACCUGUACGCAAAACUACAAAAGAGGAUUUCCGGAAACAAAUAACUUUUCUCAACAUGCAGAUAGAGAGACAUUGUUUAAAGAUGUCCAAAGUAGCAGAAAGUUUAAUAGCUUACACAGAGCAGUAUGUGGAAUAUGACCCCUUUAUAACUCCUGCUGAGCCUUCCAAUCCCUGGAUAAGUGAUGAUGCAGCAUUGUGGGACAUUGAAAUGAG